AUGGAGUGGAUUGAAAGACCCCUAUCCUGGCUGCUCGCCAACCGCAAGGGCCAUGACGCCGGCCUCAUCCAGCAUACCCCUCCUUUUGCAGAGCAUCCCAAACCAUCCGUCACGGUUGAAUGUCCAGAGAUCGGACCGUCCGGCUCGCAAAUCCCAGUCAAAUACAGCUUCUUCGGAGAAGACCUCUUCCCAACCCUCAAAUGGUCUGCGCCGCCAGCCGUCGCCGAUAACAUCAAAGAGUGGCUUCUUGUCGUUGAAGAUCCGGAUGCACCACUGGCUGAGCCUGUGGUGCAUGGUCUGUACUACAGCAUUCCUGCAAGCAAGUGCAGUGUAUCGAACGAGGACUUGAAGCCUACUGCUGCAGGAAGCCAUCUCCUCAGGGGCGGAUUCCAGUAUGGGGCGAAUCGUCGGGGAACGAUCUACAUCCCUCCGCGGGGAAUGCUGGGCCAUGGACCGCAUCGGUACUUCUUCCAGGUCAUUGGGCUGUUGGAGCCAUUGGCUGUAAGUAAGUUGGGGGCUGUGGUUACCAAGACGGAGAUUAUAGGUUUGAUUGAGGGAAGAGUUGUGGCAUGGGGACAGUGGAUGGGGGUCUGGGAGAGGAAGUAG